AUGGAUGACGAUCUUUAUGACGAGUUUGGAAACUUCAUCGGCGAGGCCGAGGCUUCCGAAGAAGAAUCCGAACAUGGCGUGGAUGCGGGCAACUACGCUUACGAUGACUAUCCUGAGGAGGCACCAGAGGCCACUGGCCAGGAAUUGAUGGAGAAGCUGAUAUUGGCUACAGAUGAUGGUCCAUCCAACGCCGUGAUCCUCCACGAAGACAAGCAGUACUAUCCGACGGCAGCCCAGGUGUAUGGCGAGGGGGUUGAGACGAUGGUUCAGGAGGAGGAUGCGCAACCACUAACACAGCCCAUCAUCGCCCCCGUCGAGCAGAAGAAGUUCAGCAUCGAGGAGGCCGACCUUCCACCAGUGUUCUUUGACCGCAGUUUCAUGACCGAUCUCAUGAACUAUCCCGAACAGAUUCGAAAUGUCGCCCUGGCCGGACACCUGCACCACGGAAAGACGGCGUUUAUGGAUAUGCUGGUAUUGGAGACGCACAACAUCAACGACAGGCUAGAACAGAGGACAGGGAAGAAGCGGGACGAACAACUCAGAUAUACCGACGUACAUGUGCUCGAGCGGGAAAGAGGAUUGUCAAUCAAGGCGUCGCCCAUGAGCUUGGUUCUCCCCAACACCAAGGGCAAGUCCCAUCUCGUCAACAUUAUCGACACACCGGGCCAUGUGGAUUUCGUCGAUGAGGUUGCCGCGGCGUUUCGGCUGGUGGACGGUGUUUGCUUGGUGGUGGAUGUGGUGGAGGGCGUUCAGGUCAACACAGAGCAGAUCAUCAAACAUGCCGUUCUCGAGGAUAUCCCGAUCACGUUGAUCGUCAACAAGAUGGAUCGCCUGGUUCUUGAACUGAAGCUGCCACCCAACGACGCCUACUACAAGCUCAAGCACGUCAUCGAAGAGGUCAACACUGUUAUCGAGAACACGAUCCCCGGCAAGGGCGAGUCGAAGAGGGUCAGUCCAGAGAGAGGCAAUGUGCUGUUUGCAUGCACUUCGAUGGGCUGGUGCUUUACCCUGAAGUCGUUCGCCAAGAUGUACUCCGACAGCUUCGGAGGCGUCAACGUCGAGGAGUUCGCUAAACGGUUAUGGGGUGAUGUCUACUUCAACCCACGGAAACGGAGCUUCACAAGGAAACCCGUCGAUGAAGGUGCUAAGCGGUCCUUUGUCAACUUCAUUCUCGAGCCUAUCUACAAGAUCUAUUCUCACACUAUUAGUGAGAGCCCGGAGGAUCUCAAGGGUACUCUUGCGAAGCUUGGCAUCCAACUCAAGCCUUCCCAGUACAAGACCGAUCCCAAGGUUCUGUUGAAGCUGGUUUGCGAGCAGUUCUUUGGGCCAUCGACCGGGUUCGUUGAUAUGGUCUGCGAGCACAUUCCUUCUCCAGCUGAGGCGGCCCAGAAGAAGCUCGAGCGCUACUACACCGGUCCUCUCGACACAAAAGUUGCCGAGUCGAUGAAGGCUUGCGAUCAAAACGGACCUCUGGUCAUCUAUGUCACAAAGCUGUUCAACACGGCUGAUGCCAAGAGCUUCAAUGCUUUUGGGAGAGUGAUGAGCGGUAUUGCUCAGCCAGGGACCGAGGUUCGGGUAUUGGGCGAGGGCUACUCGAUCGACGACGAGGAAGACAUGGUCGUGGCCAGAGUAACCGAGGUCUUCAUUGCCGAAACUCGAUACAAUAUCCCGACCGAUGGAGUCCCUGCUGGGAACUGGGUCUUGCUGGGCGGCGUUGACAAUUCGAUCGUGAAGACGGGUACGAUUGUCGCCAAGCAGUUCGAGGAUGACGAAGACGCCUACAUCUUCAAGCCUCUCACUCACCUGACCGAGUCUGUUCUGAAGGUUGCGGUGGAGCCCAUCAACCCAUCGGAACUGCCAAAGAUGCUGGACGGAAUUCGAAAGAUCAACAAGAGCUAUCCUUUGGUGACUACGAAGGUGGAGGAGUCUGGCGAACACAUCAUUCUCGGAACCGGUGAACUCUACAUGGAUUGUGUGCUGCACGACUUGCGCCGUCUCUACGCCGACAUGGAGGUCAGAGUAUCGGAUCCCGUCGUCCGAUUCUGCGAGACGGUACAGGACAUGUCAGCCACCAAGUGCUAUGCCAUCACACCAAACAAGAAAAACACCAUCACCAUGGUGGCCGAGCCAUUAGAUGAUGGCAUCGCAAAGGACAUCGAGUCAGGGGCCGUGAGGAUACGGGACCCGCCUCGAAAGACGGCCAAAUUCUUCGUCGACAAGUAUGACUGGGACCUUUUGGCGGCCAGAAGCAUCUGGGCCUUUGGACCGGAAGAGAUGGGUCCGAAUAUUCUCCAAGACGACACAUUGCCAGGAGAGAUCUUUUUUUUCUCUUUCCAGGUCGACAAGAAACGAUUAGCCACGGUGAAGGAGUCGAUUCGUCAGGGUUUUGCUUGGGCCACCCGAGAAGGCCCACUAUGCGAAGAACCAAUCCGCAACACCAAGUUCCGCCUCAUCGACGUUGCCCUGGCGCAGGAAACCAUCUUCCGCGGCGGCGGCCAGAUCAUCCCCACGGCCCGCAGGGCGUGCUACUCGUCCUUUUUGAUGGCCUCCCCCAGGCUGAUGGAGCCGCUCUACUCGGUCUCGAUGACUGGACCUCAGGACUCGGUGUCGAUGGUGUACAACAUUUUGGCCAGGAGGAGGGGCCAUGUUUUGUCGGACGGGCCCAUCGCGGGCACGCCGCUUUAUAGGGUCAAUGGGUUGAUACCGGUGAUUGAUAGUUUUGGGUUUGAGACGGAUCUGAGGAUCAACACGCCGGGGCAGGCGAUGGUGAGCUUGGUGUUUGACCGGUGGAAUAUGGUGCCGGGGGAUCCGCUGGACAAGGAGCAGGUUACGAGGCCGCUGCAGAUGGCAAGCGCGCAGGCGACGGCGAGGGAUUUUGUGCUCAAGACUAGGAGGAGGAAGGGGUUGAGUGAGGAUGUGAGUGUGGCUAAGUUUUUGGAGAGGGAGUUUUAUGAGAGUUUGGUGGGGAGUGGGACUUUGGGGGAGGCUUGA